CUGUGCUGGGGUCAGGCUCGCUGAGGCCCGAAUUGAACGCAAGACAGUGCCCACACACUCGCAAGGUGAGGUCUCGCUACCUCCCCCUUUCCGCCGCAAUGGAAGUCUCCAGUUUAGGUAAAUAAAAGGAUUGUAGGCAAAAAAACUACGAUUUCCAGCAUGCAUUGCGGACCAAAAGACCUUCGCCACAGUGUUCCUUGGAAGCUGUAGUCCUAUGGAGAGGAGCUUUCCGACACUGGAAGCGGCAAGAUUCUCAGGGCGGCCCAGUUCAUAAAGAGCUUCGCACACUUCUCACGUCAACAGAUAUGGAUUGGAAUGUUCUGUUUGCGCAUCUUAAGAGAGGAGAAUAAGCUGGAGAACCUACAAGUCCUAGGAAGACUACAAUUCCCAUCCAGCCCCUCGCAUCUCGACACCACAGCAUGGAACCACAGGUUACUCUAAAUGUGAGUUUUAAAAAUGAAACUCAAAGCUUUCUGGUUUCCGAUCCAGAAAAUACAACUUGGGCUGAUGUCGAAGCUAUGGUAAAAGUUUCAUUUGAUCUGAACACUAUUCAGAUAAAAUACCUGGAUGAGGAAAAUGAAGAGGUAUCCAUCAACAGUCAAGGAGAAUAUGAAGAAGCACUUAAGAUGGCAGUUAAGCAGGGAAACCAACUUCAGAUGCAAGUCCAUGAAGGCUACCGUGUCGUUGAUGAAGCUCCACCCCCAGUUCUAGCAGAAAAACCGCCAGUUUCGAGGACAGGGAAAAAGCCACUUGCACAUUAUUCUUCACUGAUGAGAGUCUUGGGAUCAGACAUGAAGACCCCAGAGGAACCUGCACCACAGCAGUUUCCACUUGCUCCAUCUGACGCAGACCAGCCUCAAGACAGGCCCCCAGACUGGUUCACAAGCUACCUGGAGACAUUCAGAGAACAAGUGGUUAAAGAAACUGUUGAGAAACUUGAACAGAAAUUACAUGAGAAGCUUGUCCUCCAGAACCCAUCCUUGGGCUCCUGUCCCUCAGAAGUCUCAAUGCCUAUUUCAGAGGAAACACUGUUUUUGCCAGAAAACCAGUUCAAUUGGCAUAUUUCUUGUAGCAGCUGUCAACGGAGGAUCUUUGGUGUGCGCUACCAGUGCAGCCUAUGCCCAUCCUACAAUAUCUGUGAAGAUUGUGAAUCGGGGCCCUAUGUCCAUGACUCCAACCAUGUCCUGCUGAAGUUGCGGAGACCUGUUGUGGGUUCCUCUGAAUCGUUCUCUCACUCAAGGUUCUCUACUCCUCGUCUUCCUGCUGCUCUGGAACAAGCCAGGCUCCAGAAGCAGGUUGACAAGAAUUUUCUUAAAGCAGAAAAGCAAAGGUUGCGAGCUGAGAAGAAACAGCGUAAAGCAGAGGUCAAGGAACUUAAAAAGCAGCUUAAACUCCGCAGGAAGAUUCAUCUGUGGAAUUCCAUCCAUGGACUCCAGAGCCCCAAGUGUCCCUUGGGCCGACCUGAGAGCUUACUGCAGUCUAACACCCUAAUGCUCCCUUUGCAGCCCUGUGCCCCAGUUAUGCCAACCCUCAGUGCAGCAUUUGUGGAUGAGAAUUUGCCUGAUGGGACUCACCUUCAGCCAGGAACCAAGUUUAUCAAACACUGGAGGAUGAAAAAUACAGGAAAUGUCAAGUGGAGUACAGAUACAAAGCUCAAGUUCAUGUGGGGAAACCUAACCAUGGCUUCGACAGAAAAGAAGGAUGUUUUGGUCCCCUGCCUCAAGGCUGGCCAUGUGGGAAUUGUGUCUGUGGAGUUCAUUGCCCCAGCCUUGGAGGGAACAUACACUUCCCACUGGCGGCUUUCUCACAAAGGCCAGCAGUUUGGACCUCGGGUCUGGUGCAGUAUCAUAGUAGAUCCUCUCUGCUCCACAGAAAGCUCUGAUAACAUUGAAAAGAGCCUGAUUAACUCAAGCAAAACUGGUGAUCUCACCUGCCAGCAAGAGGAAACUUUUCUUCUGGCUAAAGAAGAAAUUCAGCUUGGGGCAACUGAACAGACAGAAGGGACAGGAACCUACAUCCCACAGAAGACAAAAAAUGUUGCCAGCGAGAGGGAGCUCUACAUCCCAUCUGUGGACCUUUUAACUGCCCAGGAUCUGCUGUCCUUUGAGCUGUUGGAUAUUAACAUUGUCCAAGAGUUGGAGAGAGUGCCCCAUAACACCCCUGUAGAUAUGACUCCCUGCAUGUCUCCUCUGCCACAUGACAGCCCUUUAAUAGAGAAGCCAGGCUUGGGGCAGAUACAGGAAGAGAGUGAAGGGGCAGGACUAAAAGCUCUCUCUGAUUCCACGGCAUCGGUAAAGAGGAGGGCUGAGAAUAUUACUUCAGUGGAGGAGGCAGAAGAUGACCUGAGUGGGACCCAGUUCGUGUGUGAGACUGUAAUCCGAUCCCUUACCUUGGAUGCUGCCCCAGAUCACAACCCACCUUGCAGACAGAAGUCUCUGCACAUGAAAUUUGCCUCACCUGAGGAAGGACCACUUGGAGAUGAGAGAGAGGAGAUGGUCCAUAUCUCUGAGGAAGAGGCUAUUGUGGAGGAGGAAGAAGAGGAGGAGGAGGAUGAACUCAAAGACGAAGUUCAGAGUCAGUCCUCUGCUUCUUCAGAGGACUACAUCAUCAUCCUGCCUGAAUGCUUUGACACCAGCCGCCCCCUGGGGGACUCCAUGUACAGCUCUGCCCUCUCACAGCCAGGCCUGGAGCGAGGGGCUGAAGGCGAGCCUGGGAUUGAGGCUGGGCAGGAACCAGUCGAGGCUGGGGAAACACCCCCUGGAGGGGAGACCCAGCCGCAGGGGUACAGCAUCAAUGACAUCCUCAUGACCUCACAGACUCUGGAUACAGUGCCACUCACCCCAGAGGUGGUGGGCCCUCCACCACGGCUGCCCAGGAGCCCUCCUUGUGCACAGCAUCAUGGCUCCCCAGGAGUGGAUUUGCCGGUUACCAUACCAGAAGUUUCUUCAGUCCCUGAUCAGAUCAGAGGAGAGCCCAGAGGCUCAUCAGGACUUGUAAACAGCAGACAGAAGAGCUAUGACCACUCAAGGCACCACCACCAUGGGAGCAGCAUUGCCGGGGGACUGGUGAAGGGGGCUUUGUCAGUUGCUGCUUCUGCAUACAAGGCCUUGUUUGCUGGACCACCAGUCACUGCACAGCCAAUAGUUUCGGAAGAUCAGACAGCAGCCCUGAUGGCCCAUCUCUUUGAAAUGGGAUUCUGUGACAGGCAGCUGAACCUGAGGCUGCUGAAGAAACACAAUUACAACAUCCUGCAGGUUGUGACAGAACUUCUUCAGGUCAACAACAACGACUGGUACAGCCACCGCUAUUGAGAAGUGACCAUGUAUUAAAUAACUUUGCCUGCUGCUCAGAGAUGAUCUUUAUUGUCAUUGGGGUGUGGGGCAGAAGCCCUUGCUUAUUUUUUAAUCUGAUGAGUAUGUAUAGAGCCCAUGAUUGAAUUGUCAAGACAAUACCUGUAUUACAUUAUUUUUUGGAGCAAA